CCGUUCUGAUCUUCAAAAGGAAAUUAGAUUUCGAAUUCGUUUCCCGCUCCCUCUUCGCUUCGCUUCGCUUCGCUUCGCUUCGCUCCGCAAGACUGCAACCCACUUCCGCCGUCGCAACCCACGUCCGCCGCCGCAACCCACAGUCCGUCCUCGCCCUGCGAUUAAGUUGCCUGUAUAUCUCUUGCCCUGAAGAUGGGGAACACUUUUUCUUCACUGGUUUCUCCUUUUAAGAAACGUAAACUGGAUGAGCUUCCUCAAGCCGAGACAGACAUCAAAUUACAGUAUCAAAACAGUGCACGGCUGAAGUCUCAGAUCUCUGAAAUUGAAUCUGAUCACCAUCGUUCUGUUGAGUCACGUGAAAUGUCCGUGUCUAAGAAACAGAAGUUUGAUGAGGUCUCGGAAAGACUCCAGACUGAGCAAGGUAAACAAGAUGAGCUUCCUAAAGCCGAGACAGACACCAAAUUACUGGAUGAAAAGAUUACACAGCUGAAGUCUCGGAUGUCUAAAAUUGAAUCUGAUCGCACUUCGGUUCUUCAUUCGCUUGAAAUUGCCAUGGCUCAAAAGCAGAAUAUUGAUCAUGGCUCGGAAAUACUCCAGACUGAGCAAAACGAGGAUGCUGAGGCCACUGCCCAGCAACACAAUGAACUCCCGGUUUCGAAUAAUGGUGUUCUGGAUGAAGCUCCUGCUGUGACUGCUGUUCCAGCUAGGGUUGAUGUACUUUCUGGUGUGAUAGAAGCCAAUGCUAAGGUGAUACAAGCUCCUGCUGGGAUCAAUGAGGAUGAGGAUGCCACUAUCCAGCAACACAAUGAUAUCCAAGAACCGAACAUUGCUGUUCAGGAUGAAACUGAUGCUGUGGUUGAUGUACCUGCUGAAAACCAUGCUCAAAACCUUGUAUUUCAGCAACACUAUAAAAUCCCGGAUCUGAACAUUCCUGUUCACGAUGAAGAUGAUGCUGUGGUUGAUGUACCUGCUGAAAACCAUGUUCCAAACCUUGUAUUUCAGGAGCAGAACCAUUUUAAGCUCCCAGAUCUGAAUAUUUCUAUCUUUGAGGAGAGUAUGGAUGAUGGGGCCCCUGCUGCUACUUGAUGCUUUUGACUUGGGUACACAAAGUACCAAUUGUUGAGGAGAAGUAGCUGCUGUUGCUGGUAGUAUAUGAUGUACAGCUGUGGAAUUUUGAUGAAAGCAGAGAGAACUCUUACGAUUGAUUUUGCAGGAGUAGUUGGUGUAGCUUAGUAGCUGCUGUUGCUGGUAGUAUAUACAUUGCAUAGCUGUGGAAUUUUGAUGAAAGCAGAGAACUCUAACGAUUGAUUGUGCAGCAGUAGUUGGUGUAGCUUAGUUGCUGCCGUUGCUGGUAGUAUAUGAUGUAUAGCUGCGGAAUUUUGAUGAAAGCAGAGAGAGCUCUUACAAUUGAUUUUGCAGGAGUAGUUGGUGUAGCUUCUAGUACAUGCUGUAUAGCUGCAGGAGGAUUUGAUUUACAAUUGUACAUUUGAAACAUCGGUUUCUGUGAAGUUUUAGCAAAUUGAGUCGGCAAUCGGCAUAUGAAAUGUAGGUUACCUGGGAUGCCAUGCCAUGACCAUUUGAGUUGUUUCUCUCACUGUUAAAUUUUCACCAAAACAGUAGUUUCCAUUGUAUCUGUUCUAAAAAAGAAUAUCAUUCUUUUAGUCAUCGCUGCAUAUAUCUAGAGACAAUUUCGAUUUU